AUGGAUCGCAAAACGAUAACAAGUUUUAUCGAAAGAUAUAAAUCCCACUCUUGUCUGUGGGACGUCUCAAGUCCUGAUUAUAUGAAUAAGAAUAAAAGAAUUAAUGCAUUGCAAGAUAUGGUGCCCAUUUUAGGGGAAAGUGCAACGAUUGAUAGCGUUCGAAAAAAAAUUGACAUUCUUAGAAACGGUUAUUACAGAGAACAUAAGAAAGUUAAUGCCAGCUUGUCUACGGGCAUUUCCGCAGAUAAUGUCUAUACGCCAACACCGUGGUACUAUGAUUUGAUGUCUUUUUUAUCAUCACAAGAAGCAUCUAGACCUGGGAUCGAUGGCCUUGCCGACCCGGUCACUGGUCGCAAAUUGACUGGAGGCCGCAGUGAUACUGUCACCGCCCUCGGAAUUCAACAGACCGUCAGAGACGCUGCGACAGAGCCGCAGCUUCUACUAACGCGC